UUGGCGUAUGUGCCCAUGUGUGUUUUUUGAGGGGGAGAAUCCAUAGUUUUCAUCAGCUUUUCAAAGGGGUCCCUGACCCCAGCAUUAGAUGGAAACGUCUAUGGGCAGGACCUUCCCACAGGUCUUUGUUUAAUCUCCAAGCCUCCGAAUCUUAGAGGUAAAGAGGAUUCAGAACACAUACUGACCAGCUGUCUCAUCUGACAGAUGAGGCCUAGAGGCGACCUACAGUGUAGGCGGAAGCCCAGGCUCUGGAGCCAGACUGCUGUGUGACGUUGGGCCAGUUACUUGGCCUCUCCAAGCCUCCACAACUUCCUGUGCUAAGUGUGGAUAAGAAUUCUAGUGGUCCCUGUUUAUAGGGUUUUGUGGAGAGUAAAUUAGAUAAUCCUUUAAAACACAGUUCAUGGCGCAUAAAUGCCAGAGAGUUGUCAGGGCUGACUAAUUAGCCCUCACAUCUGGUUCCCUGCAAAGCUAUUGGGUCGUACCAUCUCAAAAACCUUCUGCCUGAACAAGGCCUUAAAUCUUCCAUCCUUGUCUUAAAAGCGUGAUGCUGUCUCAGUUAAGCUACACAUAAGUGAAUGAAUGAACAAAUGAAAGAAAGAAAGCAACAGAAGGUAUAAAUAGGUUUAGAUGAGUCUUUGAUAGAUGACGCAAGGCACUUCAUUAUUAACUCUAAUAAUUUCUUUGUAACCCGGUCAUUUAUACUAUUCGUCCAGUAGACAUUUGUUGGGCACGUACUGUAUUUCAGAGUGGACACCAGGAAUAUGCUAAUUUUCAAACGAAGAAAAGGGACAUUUCAGUUACUUUAAAGCCCACUUCUGUAUGGCACACAGUAAUCGGCCAUUCAGCAGAUUGAGCGAAGGAAGGGUAUGAGGGAAUGGACAAACAUUGAUAUGGAAGAAACUCCGUUCAGUUCCAGUAAACAUGCUGACAUUCUGGAUAGACAGAUACAGAGCUGGUCACUCAGAAGACCUUGGCUUCACUUCUUUGAUGACACAAGCACUCCCUGAACAUGGACAUGGCAAGGUGGGGAAUGGGGAGAGUGUGAAUAAUUGAAACCCCCUUCAAGUAAUUGAAGGACUCGGUCUUUAUUCUGGUUCUGGUCCCCACCAACCUUGACACAGCUCUCAGAACUGGUUGACUUCAGCUUUGCUUCUGGUCCUUCCAGGCCUCCUUUCCUCCUCUUUCCCCAGCUCAUGAGCCAUGGGGAGGACUCCGGAUGGCCAGGGUCCACCUACCCGCCGGGGACCAUCAGCCCUGGGAACCUUGGCUCCCUCAGGAGAGUCUGAAUGGCCACUCCCACACCUGUCUCAGUGUCUGUCUGUCUGUCUUCUCUGUGUGUAGCAGGAGCCAGCCUGAAUGCACGGUAGCCCGUUCAGCCUCUCCAGCAGGGGCUGGGUCCACUGACCGUGCCUCAAAGGCAAACCUCUACCAUAUCAACCCUUUGAGAAAUGUUAUUAAGUCAACAGUGCAGAUUUUAUCAAGGAGUCUGGGAAGCUUAAGGUACUUGUGUGUCAUCGCUGUUGGACAAAGUGAGGGAAAGAGCAUGGGUACCACGACUGCCUGAUAAUACAAGUAGAAGCGGUGGGACUGGAUGUCAAGCUCACCUUCGGGGUCCAGCAGCUGGACAUGGAGACCCAACGCUCCUCACCUCUGUCAUUCCCCAACGUUGUGCAAGAGGAAACCCCGCGUCAGGCCCCUGCUGGACUCCCUCGAGAAACUCUGUUCCAAUCCCACGUUCUUCCCCCCAAAGAAGUUCCUUCUCUGUCUCCCGCCAUUCCCCGGCAAGGCUCCCUACCCCAGACUCCCAGCGCUCCCAAGCAACAGACUUCUGGCCGAAUGCCGCAUGUGCUCCAGAAGGGACCCUCACUCCUGUAUCCUGCCGCUUCCGAGCAAGAGACUCAGAUCCAGGGCCCCCUGACUUCCCAAGAAGAGGCCCCGUAUCUACCCCCAGCUGCUGCUGAACCAGAGAUCUCGCUUCUCUCCCACUCCACCCAUCAUCAAGAAGCCCCACUCCACUCCCCCGAAGUUCCCGAGAGAGACCCCUUGACCCUUUCCCCCACAGUUCCCGAGACUGACAUGGACCCCCUGCUCCAGAGCCCGGUUUCCCAAAAGGACACCCCCUUCCAGAUCUCUUCUGCGGCCCAGAAGGACACACCACUCCCAACGGCGGAGAUCACCCGCUUGGCCGUGUGGGCUGCCGUCCAAGCGGUGGAGAGGAAACUGGAGGCCCAAGCCAUGCGGCUCCUGACCCUGGAGGGCAGGACUGGGACAAAUGAGAAAAAGAUAGCCGACUGUGAGAAGACGGCCGUGGAGUUUGCAAACCACCUGGAGAGCAAGUGGGUGGUGCUGGGGACCCUGCUGCAGGAGUACGGGCUGCUGCAGAGGCGGCUGGAGAACAUGGAGAACCUGCUGAAGAACAGAAACUUCUGGAUUCUACGGCUGCCCCCGGGCAGCAAUGGAGAAGUUCCCAAGGUCCCUGUGACGUUUGACGACGUGGCCGUCCAUUUCUCGGAGCAGGAGUGGGGGAACCUGUCCGAGUGGCAGAAGGAGCUGUACAAGAACGUGAUGCGGGGCAACUACGAGUCUCUGGUUUCCAUGGACUAUGCAAUUUCCAAACCAGACCUCAUGUCUCAGAUGGAGCGCGGGGAGAGGCCAGCCAUGCAGGAGCAAGAGGACUCAGAAGAGGGCGAGGCGCCUGCGGACCCCAGUGCCGCUCACGACGGCAUCGUGAUUAAGAUCGAGGUGCAGACCAACGACGAGGGCUCUGAGAGUCUGGAGACGCCGGAGCCCCUGAUGGGCCAGGUGGAGGAGCAUGGCUUCCAGGACUCGGAGCUGGGGGACCCGUGCGGCGAGCAGCCGGACCUGGACAUGCAGGAGCCGGAAAACCCGCUGGAGGCGUCCACGGAGAGCUCAGGCGAGUUCAGUGAGCUCAAGCAGAUGCUGGCACAGCAGAGAAACUGCGCGGAGGGCAUCGUGAUCAAGACAGAGGAGCAGGACGACGAAGACGACGAGGACGACGAGGACGAGCUGCCGCAGCGCCUGCAGCCCCUCGGGCAGCUGUCCGGGAGGUACGAGGCCGGCAUGUACCCGCCGCCCCUGCCCGGGGAGCUGUCCCCCGAGGGCGAGGAGAGCCCCCCGCCGCUGCAGCUGGGGAACCCGGCGGUGAAGAGGCUGGCGCCCCCGUCGCACGGCGAGCGGCACCCGGGCGAGAACCGGGGCGCGGCCAGCCAGCAGCAGCGGAACCGCCGCGGCGAGCGGCCCUUCACGUGCAUGGAGUGCGGUAAGAGCUUUCGGCUGAAGAUCAACCUCGUCAUCCACCAGCGCAACCACAUCAAGGAGGGGCCGUACGAGUGCGCCGAGUGCGAGGUCAGCUUCCGGCACAAGCAGCAGCUCACGCUGCAUCAGCGCAUCCACCGCGUCCGCGGCGGCUACGCCUCGCCCGAGCGCGGGCCCGGCUUCGCCCCCAAGCACGCGCUCAAGCCGCGCCCCAAGUCGCCCAGCUCGGGCAGCGGCGGCGGCGGCCCCAAGCCCUACAAGUGUCCCGAGUGCGACAGCAGCUUCAGCCACAAGUCCAGCCUCACCAAGCACCAGAUCACGCACACGGGCGAGCGGCCCUACACGUGCCCCGAGUGCAAGAAGAGCUUCCGCCUGCAUAUCAGCCUGGUCAUCCACCAGCGCGUGCACGCGGGCAAGCACGAGGUCUCCUUCAUCUGCAGCCUGUGUGGCAAGAGCUUCAGCCGCCCGUCGCACCUGCUGCGCCACCAGCGGACUCACACGGGCGAGCGGCCCUUCAAGUGCCCCGAGUGCGAGAAGAGCUUCAGCGAGAAGUCCAAGCUCACCAACCACUGCCGCGUGCACUCGCGCGAGCGGCCGCACGCCUGCCCCGAGUGCGGCAAGAGCUUCAUCCGCAAGCAUCACCUGCUGGAGCACCGGCGCAUCCACACAGGCGAGCGGCCCUACCACUGCGCCGAGUGCGGCAAGCGCUUCACGCAGAAGCACCACCUGCUGGAGCACCAGCGCGCGCACACCGGCGAGCGGCCCUACCCCUGCACGCACUGCGCCAAGUGCUUCCGCUACAAGCAGUCGCUCAAGUACCACCUGCGGACCCACACGGGCGAGUGAGCGCGCGGGCCGCCCCGUCGCCCCGCCCGAGCCCGGCGGGCGGGGACGGGGCGCCUCUGAGCCCCUUUGCUGUGAGCCCCCCUCUCCCUUCGCCCCUCCUCCCAAGGACGCGGGGUAGUGAGACCAGGUCGCUGGCUGCCGCGUUUCCCCGGGGCCCCAGGGGAGGAGCGCGGACCUGGGGAACCCCUUCGGGCUGUUAAUUUCCUUGACAAUAAAAUGGAUGAAACCAAUCAGCACGGGGGGCGUGAUUUGGCCGCCGGCCACUCGGAGGGGCGGGGCGGGGUCACUU